GAGAGAGAGAGAGAGAGAGAGAGAGGAGGUGGGGCAGGGGACAGAGGAGGGUGGGCCUGGAGCCCUGCUCCGCCUCCCCAAGUUUCCCCCAGCUCCGGGAGCUGCUGCUGAAUCUGUCUGGAACCCCUUGGCCAAGGCUGGUCCUCAGCCAUGGCCCAGGACAAGGGGGAGCAGGAGGACUGGCUGAUCGUCUACUUGAAGUACCUGCUCUUCAUCUUCAACUUCUUCUUCUGGGUGGGGGGUGCCACUGUGCUGGCCCUGGGCGUGUGGACCCUGGUGGAGAAAUGUAGCUACCUGGGCGUGCUGGCUUCCAGCACCUUCGCCGCGUCUGCCUACAUCCUCAUCUUCGCAGGCGCCCUCGUGAUGCUCACAGGCUUCCUGGGCUUCAGCGCCGUGUUUCGGGAGGACAGGGGCUGCCUCUCCACGUAUUUCUGCCUGCUGCUUCUUAUCUUCCUCGUGGAGCUGGUGGCUGGGGUCCUGGCCCAUGUUUACUACCAGAGGUUGAGUGAUGAACUGAGGCAGCACCUGGCCCGGACCCUGGCUGAGAACUACGGGCAGCCCCAGGCCUCUGAGAUCACCGCUUCGGUAGACCGGCUCCAGCAGGAUUUCAAGUGCUGCGGGAGUAACAGCUCUGCCGACUGGCAGCUCAGUGCCUACAUCCUGUCGCCAGAGGCCCAGGGCCGUCACGUGCCCGACAGCUGCUGCAAGACGGUGGUGCCACGCUGUGGCCAGCGGAUUCACCCCUCCAACAUCUACAAGGUGGAGGGCGGCUGCAUCUCUAAGCUGGAGCAGUUCCUGGCAGACCACCUGCUACUCAUGGGAGCCGUGGGCAUUGGGGUGGCCUGUCUGCAGAUCUGUGGAAUGAUUCUCACCUGCUCACUGCAACGAAGGCUGUAUCGCUACUAGCGAAUAGUCUCACCCUCCACCACUUCUUCAUGCCUGGACAUGCCACUGCCCCACACAUGGACAGUGUCUGGCCUUCGCCCUACCCUUCAUGCCUGGAUGGCACCCACCUCUGCCCCUGCCCGGCUCCUGCCUGUGUGGCAAGUGCCCACAGCCCUCCCCACCUGCAGAGCCUGCACCUGCUUGUCUUCUCGUCCCCAGAAACGCCUCCCCCUGUGUGUCCCACCUCUCCACACCCACCGGAUGACCCAGAUGGUAGCUCCUGCCAUCCCCAUCCAGGCUGGGCCCCUUGGCACCACCAUCCCGCUGGACUCCUGGGUUGGGAGUGUCAGCAUCCACGGAGGCAGAGACAACUGGAGCACUGUCCAAGUGGAGACAUGGCCCUACUUCCUCCCAGGGCUUGCUUCUAGAAAUGAGCUGCCCGGCCCCCACCCUACUUCUCUGAAAAUGUCGGGGUGACCUAGGAGGGAGGGGCAAA